CAUGCCUCUCUGGUGUUACAAAAUGCCAGAAAUCGCUUCUUUUGCAAAACAAAAGUUAAGUAAAUCUACUUAAUUGUUGCGUUAGAGCGAACUGUCAGCAAUAAGGGUAUAAUUAAAAUUGAGCCAUCCGGUCUCGAAAAAAAUUUUUUCAAUCUUUUAUUUCACCUUUCCUGUCAGUAUUACAAUGGUGAAAAAGGCUGCAGUCUUGCGAGGAAGCACAUACUCACUCGAAAUGUUUGUCUGACGUUAAAUGCUUGGAAUAAUGUGUCCUUGAAGUUGUCAUAUUGCAUAUCGUUCUUCGAUAUUUUCUUUGGUUCAGUUUAAGAACUGAUUUGUGAUAUCUUCAGUCUAUAGUUCAAUCGACAGCCUACCGUUUGCACUUGUCCCUCGCAUUUCGAAGUGAAUCGGCUAAUCCGUUUACGAAUCGUUCGUCAAAAACCAACUGCGUGGUAGAGGUGUUUCCCUUUUUAAAAUCGCUGUAUAAGUUAAAUUGCCGUUAACUUUAAACCUUAAAUGGCAGCCUGUGUUUCAGGAGGCCAGCUUCAGGAAGCUCUAGUUGAAAGAAGAAGCGCGAAAAUUCGUGCGUGGCUUUUAACUCUGGUUGACCAAAAUUUUGUUUUGUCCAAAAUAAGGUGCUUUUAGGAUUCGUGGUUUACACCAUACAGCUGUAGUUCCAUUUGAAAUAUUGACGGCGUUUAUAAAAGAAAUAACCUGUCAUUGUAGGUAACCUUCAGCACUGUGAAUUUAUUUCUCGUUUUGUCAUUUGAUUAUGGUGUGUGUGGCUCUGAACAGACAUCCGGCGUUGUUUUUAACUUUACUGCGUUUUGAGCGGUAAAAAGUGAACGCCAAAAUGGGUGUUGGAGUAUUGUGCUCGACUUUAACACUUUUAACGCGGUCUGCCACUCAUGCGGAUAGCUCGUAUGUGAAUUUUGUAAACAAAGCACGGAGUGUCUUAAAAGAUAUCUAAAAUUGCACGCUUAAGAAGGGAUUAUUUAGUGUUGACCGCAUUUACAUCGAAAUAAAAGUUAAACUGGGGUUCCUUGCGUAGCCUGUCCUAGUUUGGGACAGACAAGUUGAGGCCCUGAAUUUAAAGCGAGCAUCACUUUAGCAAUAUUUGUCCAUUUCAAAACAACUUUCAUUGAUGAAUGCAACACAAAGGGAAGCAACAUUUUGUGUUAUAUCGAUUUCCCUGAGGACUUGUGCCCCGCCCACCUAGGUAGUUCGUCCAAUCAUGCCACAGAGCACCCUAAUUAUCAUGUCAUGUUAUAUUGGCCUAUUUGUAACCUGCGAGAGUUCGAACAACUUUGAGUAUAUAGCGGGUGGUUUUUGGUCAGGCCCAAAGUCGCUCUAAAUACUUUAAACAGCCCUUGCCGCACUGUCUUCGUCCUAACCUUGUCAACCUCUCGCCAGAUGACCACUGCUUGCGAGGAGAAGUCUGCGGCGAAUUUUACUCGCGAAGUUGGCGAGCAGUCUUCGGUACACGGUGAGAAAUGCGCAGGUUGCAAAGGCAGAAUUAUGGAUAGAUACCUGGUUAAAGUCAGCGGCAAAGCUUGGCACACGGGUUGUCUGAAAUGCUGUAUAUGUGGACUGGAACUCGGCAAGGAAGCAACGUGUUAUACCAAAGAAGACAAAAUUUACUGCAAAACCGACUACGCGAGACAGUUCGGCACGAAAUGUGCUCGAUGCGGACGAAGUAUCCACGCCAACGAUUGGGUGAGGCGCGCGCGAAGCAGCGUGUACCACCUCGCGUGUUUCGCGUGCGACGCGUGCAAACGGCAACUUUCCACCGGCGAGGAGUUCGCGCUCAAGGAAGGACACGUUCUCUGUAAAUUACACUACAUGGAGAGUCUGGAAGUCUUCCCAUCCGACAACUCUUCGCAAGAAGUGACCCUUUCGUUCUGCACUCAAAGUGAUGGAGGGAUUGAGGACAUGAUACAAGAUGCUGAUAGCGAAGACUCGCCCUCAAGCGGAGGAAUUCUGAAGUGCCAUAAAACCAAACGAGUGCGCACCACAUUCACCGAGGAACAACUUCAAAUCCUACAGGCUAACUUCAACAUCGACUCCAAUCCCGACGGGCAGGACCUGGAACGAAUCGCCCAGCUAACCGGUCUUAGCAAGAGAGUCACGCAAGUGUGGUUUCAAAACUCGCGCGCGAGACAGAAAAAGUACGGUACGCCACUGUUCUCUGCAAGUCCAAGAACGCCGAGCUCUGCUAGCUUUUGAUCCUUGGAAGGGAUCCUAGAUUAUAAAGAAUUUAAAUAUCCAUGCCAUCAGCAUUUAUCACAGCAUCCCGCGCGCAACAGUUACGUCAGUCAGUCAGUUUACAGUCCUCCAGACCAAAAGCGAACAUCACCAGGACAACUGAGAAGGAACCGCUGCUGUUUACGUUGUAACCUAACAAAAAUAUCACCCACUUAGUGGCUGUGAACAUGGGAGAAGUUCUGAAAUGUUGGUUUUAAACAAUUCUUAUUUUGACGGCGGCCAAGAAAAAAAAAGCUUAAAAACGUUUGAAUUUAGAAUUCAAAGCGACUUUUAUCUUUCGAUCGUGAGAUCGCGGUCCACCUAUAGGGCUGGAGAUAGGGGUGGGAGGUUAAACAGGCUGUUAACUUGUAAAUCAUGGCAAGUUCUAAACUGACCAUUAACAUUUGAAUUGCUAGUCUUGUAAUUUCAGUAAGUUUAUAGUCCAAAACGCAUAGAGUAACUUGGUUCGACUUGGCUCUUGGUUUUGACGCAGAACAGGACUGGCUCGUGUUCUCUUACAAAGCCUGCCAUCGAAACGUUGUAAUAUAUUGCCCAAAACAUAAACCAAAUAUUUAACGCUCUUAUUCAAGAAACGAAUGUACUAUAAAUAAAAGAUAGUUGGUAGCUAAGUGUAAAUUUUGUCCAUACAAUAUCAAAGUGCCUCCUAGACGAGGUGAUAAAUUGAGAGCUAGCUGCAGUGCACCUGGUGCCUUUGCAAGUUGCUAUUAAAAAAGUCUUACUUCUCUCAAAA